AUGGCUCACACGGUCCAGCACGGCACCCACACGCUGCGCGCCGGCAGCCCCACGCUCUCCUACGCCCUGCACCGUCCCACCGCCGCACCUCGACGAGCCGCUGCCCUCAUCGCCCACCCGUACGGCCGCCUCGGCGGGUCCAAGGACGACCACGUCGUGCGCGCCCUCGCCGACCUGCUCGUCGACGAGGGGUUCCUCGUGGUUCGCUACGACGCUCGCGGCGCGGGCGAGUCCACGGGGAGCACGAGCUGGAGAGGCGCAGCUGAAGCAGCCGACUUUCGCGAGCUCGUCGACGACCUCGUCCUCCCGCUCCUCUUCCCUCGAGUCGCCGCGCCCUCCUCCUCGGCGACGACGUACGACCUGCUCCUGUGCGGCUACUCGUUCGGCUCGCUCGCCGCCUCGUCGUCCCCGCCGCCCGCCGCACCGACCUCGGCCCCCGCCGCCGCCGCCGCCGCCGCCGCCGCCUCGAGCACCCUCCGCACGUCGUACCUCCUCCUCAGCUACCCGCUCUCGGUCCUCUGGGCCCUCACGGCCCUCCACCCCGGGCCCGCGACCACCGCGCUCCGAUCGCUCGUCGAGCGCGGCGAGGCGCGCGUCCUCGCCGUCCACGGGACGAGGGACGACUUCUCGGGCGUCGAGCGGCUCAGGCGGUGGGCGGCCGACUUCGAGCGUGCGGCUCCGGCGCGGGGGCAGGCAGAGGGACUGUGGCGCGCGGUCGAGGUCGAGGGGGCGGACCACUUUUGGCGCGACGGCGAGAGCAAGAGCGAGAUGCUCGAGGCGGUGCGAGGGUGGGUGCGAGAAGGGGUCGCGCGGCCCGGUAUGGAAUGA